AUGAUUUUCUCUCUCAUUGCUAUCUUCUUGAAAAAAUGUUCAUUUCUCUCCCAUUUAUCAUCUAUUCUUGACAAAUUAUCUAUCUAUUCUCUCAAUCUUCAUUAUCUAUGCAAUAAUGAAAAAUCUCUCUCAUAUUUUAUCAUCUAUUUGACAAAUGCAAUUUUUCUUCUCUCUCAUUGCUAUCUUCUUGAAAAAAUGUUCAUUAUCUUCUCUCUCCAUUUUUAUAAUCUACUUGACAAAUGCAAUGAUUUUCUCUCUAAUUGCUAUCUUUUGAAAAAUCAACAUCUUCUCUCUCUAUUUUAUCAUCUAUCAAAUCUAAUCAUUUUCUUCAUUUAUCUUCUUGAAAAAAUGUCUUCUUCUUCAUUUUUAUCAUCUCUACUUGACAAAUGCAAUGAUUUUCUCUUCAUUGCUAUCUUCUUGAAAAAUGCAACAUCUAUCUUUUCCAUUUUCUUCUUGAUAUGCAAUCAUUUUCAUUUCAUUGCUAUCUUCUUUGAAAAAUGCAAAUGCAUCUUCUCUCCAUUUAUCAUCUUCUUGACAAAUGCAAUGUUUUCUCUCAUUGCUAUCUAUCUUGAAAAUCUAACAUCUUCUCUCCAUUUUAUCAUCUAUUUGACAAAUGCAAUGAUUUUCUCUCUCAUUGCUAUCUUCUUCUAA